ACAGCCGUCUAUUUAAACCCCCCUCUCCCCCCUCCCACCACCUCUAUCAUUCACGGAUACUACGAAUCGCAGACAAGACAGCCUUUUACAUUAUCCACCCAUACUUUACAAGCAAACACGCGCUCUUCAAAAAAAUGUCUCAACCCACCGGCACUACCACCACUCAGGAGAGAUCUCAGCCAUGGCAGGCAAUGCAGGAAGUCCAAACCCUAUUCAAGCCGGCCAUGUCUGCUGCCAACGCCGAGUCCGGCGCGGACGCUAGUUCGCAGAGGGAUAUGCUUGGAGAGAAGCCUUUGAAGCUCAAUUUGUUUAGGGAGAACUUGAAUUCGGCUACUACCAACAUUGCGGAUGUUGUGGAGGAGAAGCAUUGAGAACUUUGUUAUCAUUUAUCAUACUACGAAGCUCAAUUUGAUGAGGUCCGCCCUGAACUCGGCGAGUACCAAAUAUUGCGAAUGUGGAGGAUUGAGAAAUCGUGUUAUACUUGGGGGACUAGCCCCGUUUAAAGCCAGAUACUACCUAACUAAAUGUCACUCGUUUAUCUGA